AUGAUCAAUACUCUUUCUGGGAGCAUGGGGUCUGUCAAGAGUGAGAACUCAUGCACCUCGGACCUCAAACCGCCGUCUCCGACGGAAUCCACGACGAUGUCUAUGUCCAUCUCAGAAUGUAAGAAAACCACAACCCCUCCAUCCUCCGAGUUGGAUCAGCAAAGCAGCUUAACUCCACCGAGCCUCAACUUUCCGACGCUCAAGUUCGAGGUAGACGAUGUUGAAGUCCAAUCUCCCGACCAUUCCAUCUGGGAUUCUUUGUUCUCCGAACAAUUCGAUACAGAUUUCAUGGUCUUAUCGCCCGUCCCAAACAACAUGCCGAACUCGCCCCAAAACGGUGGUUCGGCAAUUCAUCAGAAUUACAAUUACAACUACGCUCAGUCCAUGCAAGGGCAGAGUCUGUCGGGCUGCUCUCCCCCUAGAUUUUCGCCGCAUAUCGGAGCGUUCAGCAGCACGCACAACCCUAAGGGCAAGGGACUCAGCCCGCUCCGUAGGGUUUUCAACUCUCCUGUCAACCAAUACAUGCAGCCCGCUGAUCAGAACAUGCAGUCACUCCCUGUUUCCAUCGAAGACUUCUUGGACGAUUAUCAACGUGACGGAUUCAUAGCGGCCUACCCGACAACAACAUCGUCCAGGAUGUCAGGAAGCUCGUCGCAGUCUUACAAUCAUCACGAUCACUUGCCAGCAUCAUCGACAGUUCCAUCCACCAUGUUGGACUGCAUGCCGAUGCAUAACUCUGCGAGGUUUAGCAGAUCGGAGAGCGAAGAAUCGUUGGUUACCGCUGGUAAUUCUCAGUUGACCCAAGAGAGCAGCAGGGGUAGUGGCUAUCAGCAGAUGGGCGGCGCGCCACUUUCACAACAAUUGCAACAAGAACGCAUGCAAGAGAAGCAGCAACAGCCGCUCAUGCAGCCGCACAAACACCACCAACACCAACAGAACCUUCAUUACAAUAUGAUGCCGCCUAUGGCACAUGAGCAGGAACAAGAUGGCGGGCUCCAACUAGUACACCUCCUUCUUGCCUGCGCUGAGGCGGUUGCAAAAGAAGACUACAUGUUAGCAAGAAGGUACCUCCACCACCUGAACCGAGUGGUGAUGCCACUCGGCGAUUCCAUGCAGCGUGUCGCUUCUUGCUUCACAGAAGCCCUAAGCGCACGCCUGGCCGCCACUCUAACCACAACCCCUAGCGGUUCCGCCCCGAAACCCUUCUCUCCUUUCCCUCCAAACUCCUUUGAAAUCCUCAAAAUUUACCAAAUAGUCUACCAAGCCUGCCCCUACAUCAAAUUCGCACACUUCACCGCCAACCAAGCCAUCUUCGAGGCUUUCGAGUCCGAAGAACGUGUACACGUCAUCGACCUAGAUAUUCUUCAAGGAUAUCAGUGGCCGGCUUUCAUGCAGGCCUUGGCUGCCCGCCCAGGCGGGGCUCCCUUUCUACGCAUAACAGGGGUGGGCCCCUGCAUAGAGGCAGUGAAAGAGACAGGCCGGUGUUUGACCGAAUUAGCCCUCUCUCUUCACGUCCCAUUUGAGUUCCAUGCAGUUGGGGAGCAACUGGAAGAUCUCAAGCCACACAUGUUCAACCGGAGGAUUGGCGAAGCGCUGGCUGUGAACACCGUUAAUCGACUCCACCGAGUUCCGGUCAAUUGCCUAGGGAACUUGCUAGCCAUGAUCCGUGACCAAGCACCCAACAUUGUGACAUUGGUGGAACAAGAAGCAAGUCAUAACGGGCCCUAUUUUUUGGGUAGGUUUCUCGAGGCUUUACAUUACUACUCGGCGAUUUUUGACUCGUUGGACGCGACAUUCCCACCGGACUCGGCACAGAGGGCGAAGGUGGAGCAGUACAUAUUUGCGCCGGAGAUACGCAACAUCGUGGCUUGUGAAGGGGCGGAGCGGACGGAGAGGCACGAGAGGUUGGAAAAGUGGAGGAAGGUGAUGGAGAGUAAAGGGUUUAAGAGCGUGCCGCUGAGUGCGAACGCGGUGACUCAGUCGAAGAUUUUGCUAGGGUUGUAUUCUUGCGACGGGUAUAGGAUGACGGAAGACAAAGGUUGCUUGCUCUUGGGGUGGCAAGACAGGUCUAUUAUGGCUGCUUCUGCAUGGAGAUGCUGAUUUUUUUGCUUUUACGUACACGUACGUGCCUGCUAAUUUGUUUUUCUUUCUAAAUUGGAUCAGAUUUCCUUUUUUUUGUUUAGAUAAUAUUAUUUGUCUAAUUAAGAAGAUCCAUGCAAAAAAUCCAAAGAAGAACAAGGUUGGA